UACCUGCAGCAACUUCUGCAUUCCAAGCAAUGACAUGUCGUGCUACCGUACUGAGUGGCACCGUGAGCCAUGCCUUGUUUUUCGCAACGCCGCUCAUGGGAAGUGCUACAGAGGUGUAUGUUAUAAUCACGCAGAGUAUAAUAGAGUGACCGCGAAUGCAAAACCCAACACUACGAUGCCGUGCAGUCAUGGAAACGAUUACUUAUAUAAUGACCGGGGACCAUAUGGCUGCCAUUUUUACUGCCGCGAACGUCCCCACCGUAUUGCCGCACGUCCUGACGGCAAUACCUGUCUGAACCCAGCGACAGCAACCCAGGGUGGAUGUUAUACUGGCGGCUGCUAUAUUGGAUACCAUCUACGUUGAAUGGAGACGCGCGUAAUAGCGACAUUUGUAUGCGAAGCAUGCCUUCCUCCAGGCUAUUAAAUAUAUAAUCG